AUGUCCAUAAUUGAAGACGGGUUCCAGGUAUUCACAAGCCUCACACACUCUAUAGUGCCCGCACAUCAGUCACAAGCACAAGCCAAUGAGUCAGAUACUGAGAAAACAUUAGCAACCAUCAGUGGAAAUUACCAAAUCAACAACGAUGGGGAACCAGUAGCAACUGCAAUCCUAGAAACAGCCAGGGCCACCCCUAAGAACGCUAGAAUGGAACUAUCCAUUAAAGCAUCGAAAAUAAUCAAACUUUUAACCAAAGACGCACCGAGACUAGAACAACUGGGCUGGAUCCAAGCCCCCAACACCAAACUCAUCAUAGCAAUUAUGGCAGAACUCCGCGAGAGAAGCACUGCCACAACCUUACAAGUGUGGGGAACAAAUACACCUACACACAAUAUGGAUGAAACUGAAAAUCUAAUAAGUAGGAGCAUAGAAAACCCUAAAACGUACAACAUACACACCAAGGUGAAAGACAAAUUCAACACCUCCGGACUACUAAUGUCACGAGGCACACAGAGCCUAUUCUACAAAGGAAUCUGCAGAAUCAAUAAAGGAUACCACAAGAGACGCCUCACUCGAAUGGCCCUAGCCAUGACACAUCACGCUGUAAGAGAGAUAAGCCUGGAAACACCCUCAGAAGCACAAAUCUGGAAAUCAAUAAGGAAUAAGGACAUACCCAAAGGUAUCCGUGGAUUCCUAUGGAAGAAUCUCCACGGAGCGUACCGCCUAGGCGAAUUCUGGCAGAACAUACCAAACUACGAACACAGAGGGACAUGUAGACUGUGUGGAGGCAUUGAAUCAAUGGAACAUAUCCUAGUAGAAUGCGAAGACUCACCUGCGAGGAAGCUAAUCUGGAAGCUAGCAGAAAAACUCUGGUGUCGGCGCAAGGACACAUGGCCCAAUAUAAGAUUUGGAACGAUUCUAGGCUGCAAUUUAGCACAUUUCAUGGACACCAAAAAGAAAAGAUUAGAAGGAAAAUCUAGACUAUUCUCAAUCCUGACUUACGAAUCAACCCAUCUAAUCUGGAAACUAAGAUGGAUCUCCACAAUUAAUAGAAGACUCAAAUAUGACAAAUUACUAACCAACGCCUCGAGACACGGAAAAAAGGCGCUAAGGGAAUCCUUGGUACUCCGUACCUGGAGUGGGGUCCUACUGGAUGAAGACGAUUUACCGGAUAACUGGAUCUGGACAGCAGGGGUUUUAGUGGGUAUCUUGCCUCAGCGCUUCUCGGAGCAUAACGGGUAG